AUGGAGGGUGGUGGUGUUCAUCGAGAGGGAGGGUGGUUCAAGGCGGCUCGUCGUCACUUUCGUAACUGGGUCCCUCGUUGGAAAGUGUUUCUGGCAAAGAGUAAGGUUGUCAUUGGCGUCACUUCUUUUACCAUUUCUGAGUUCCCGGAAAAUUGCAGGGCGGAAGACCUUUUCGUGUUGUUCGGAUGUAUUGGUAAUACCGUGGAGGUUGCAAUUGCACCUAGGAGGAACAAGUUGGGCAAGCGGUUUGGAAUUGCGAGAUUCUCGGAUGUGGAGGACGCUCGGGGUUUGGGGGUUAAGUUGGAUAAUGUGGCUUUCGAAGGGAAGAAGAUUCACGCGAACAUUCCAAGAUUUGAGAGGCAAGGAUACGGGGUUGUGAAGCCUGUUAAUCUGGAUAGUUCCUCUAGAACCGUUCCUCGCCGCGUACCUGUGAACGACCCUCUGGUCAAGUCUUGGGGAGGGGCAAGGUUUAAUGGAAGAUCUUUUACUGAGGUGGUGAACAACGUUGCUAGAGGGGACGGAUUAGCGUCUGUUCAGGUUCCUGUGGUUUGUGCUUCGUCUGUGGAGGAUAAAGGGAGACUUUCAAAGGCUUGGGUAGGAGAACUUUACAUUCCUGGAUCUGGGCAUGGCAUUCAAAAGAGUAUCGAAAAGGCUGGUUUUUACGGUAUUGUGACGUCGCCUCUUGGGGCAAAAUUGUGUUUAGUGGAAGAAUGUGAGGGAGGGGCUUUGUAUGAAUUUUUGGGGGAGGAGGAAGGGUGGUGGAAGAGUUGGUUUGUAGGGAUGUCGAAGUGGAGCGAGGAGGUGGUGGACGUUUCGAGAGCGGCGUGGAUUCGUGUUUUUGGGAUUCCUUGUCUUGGGUGGAAUUCAGCUGUUUUUUCGUCUGUGGGCAAUCGUUUUGGAAAAUUCAUUAGUGUGGAUGAAGCAACAGCAAGCGGUCGUCAAUUCGAAGUAACUAGAAUUCAGGUUUGCAUUGAUUUUAAUUCUACCAUUCCUAAGUCUGUUGAUCUGCAGCUUGAUGGUAAAGUCUUUAAGCUGGUUCUUUUAGUAGAGCAUCAGUUUGCGUUCCACUCUUCUUGUUACCCGAUUCCGCUUGAUGAGUCUGUUUCCUCUGAAUCCAUUAAUUCUGAUGACUGCGAGUCGUGGGGUGAACAAUCGGUUCUGAAGUCUGGUAGUAGUCUUGAGCAUAGGGAUUCUAUUGAGGAUUUCGAAUUGGAUGUGAAGAUUUUGGGUGGAACCGUUUUAGUUCCUGUCUCUGAUUCUGCAAAGGCGAAAGGGGGAGUUUCGGUAGGUGUUUUGCGCGAAGAUUCAGCCGCUGAGUCUGUUCUAGUUGUAAGGAGGUGGGAAACACGAACCCUCAGGCGAGAGGUUCUUCGGUGUCGGAGGAAGUGGAAACUACUACUGUUCCGUGUUCUUUUAGGAACAGACAAGAUCAUUGCUCUAAAAAGGUGA